UAGAAUACCCUACAGUCAAACAAAUUGCAGUCCUUUGAGAAAACUCUUUGCUUAUUCACCCUCCUGCUUCAGCCCAGCCCUGGAAGUUUCCUUCCGCCAGGCAAAACCUCAGUGAGAGGGGAGUGAAGAUGAAAGCUUGUGCUCCUUUCACUCUCGUCUUGGCUCUGGCUCUGAGCGGUGACUGUAUGAAGAAGCACCACAAAUCUGGGCCAAGAGGAGACCCAAAACAUGGCUUCACUCACCUACAAGUGUUUACAGAGGAUGGAAAUUUAUGCACGUUUCCUUUCCGGUAUGGUGGAAGGUUUUAUCACUCGUGUUUAUCAAAUCUAUUUUCCCGAAAGAAAUGGUGUUCAACAACACAUAACUACGACCGGGACAGGAAAUGGGGGUACUGCGCGUGGCUGUCCACAGAGCACUCAGAUUACUGUGCAAACAACCCUUGCCAAAAUGGAGGGACCUGUUUUCUCGCUCAUGGUCAUAGGACGUACCACUGUGCCUGUCUCGAGGAAUUCAUGGGAAGAGACUGUCAGAUGAAGAGAUGUUUUGAUGACAGUCUCUAUGAGUUCUUUGAUGUGGAUGUGAGCUGGUCAAGAGUCAAACAAAGAUCUGUGGAGCAGUGCAUUUGCGUGGAUGGGCAGGUGGAAUGCCAGAGAGUUGAACACAAAAGUUGUGUUCAUGAUCCUUGCAUGAAUGGUGGAGAAUGUAAAAUGAUUGCCUCCAGUGGGAAAACUGUGUGUGACUGCAAAGGACCUUUUGUAGGAAAGUACUGCAAUAUUGUUCCUAAUCAUCACUGCUAUCGUGGCAAUGGCACCGAGUACAGAGGUACAGCCAAGACGACCAUUUCUGGGCAUAGCUGCUUGCCAUGGAAUUCGGACUUACUCUACCAGGAGCUUCAUGUGGACAGCGUUGAGAAAGCACUGCAGUUAGGCUUGGGGCCCUUCUCUUACUGCAGAAAUCCAGAUGAAGAUGAGAAACCAUGGUGUUACAUCAUGAAGGACAACAGUUUGUCUUGGGAAUACUGUAACAUUACAUCUUGUGCAAGCAGGGAAAGGAGGCCAGCAGUUCCAGAAGAUAUUGACACUUUUGCAGUUCCCAGAAGGCCAUGUGGGAGAAGGCACAAAAAAAGAAGUUUUGUGAGACCUAGGAUUGUUGGAGGAUCUUCAUCUUUGCCUGGAUCUCAUCCCUGGACAGCAGCUAUAUAUAUUGGAGAGAGCUUCUGUGCUGGAACUCUUAUUCAGACUUGCUGGGUUGUGUCAGCAGCACACUGUUUUGCUAACAGGGUAACUAAACAUCUGAGCUCUUCUAUGUUGAGGGCGCUUAGUGGCUCAACUGAUUGUGGACUUAGUCCUCAAAAAUCCUCUAUUAAAGUUGUUCUUGGUCAGCACUUCUUUAAUAGAACUACCGAUGUAACACAAACAUUUGAAAUAGAGAAAUACAUCUUAUAUCCUCAGUAUUCAGUGUUCAGCCCUACUGAACAUGAUAUUGCCUUGGUUAAGCUGAAGAAGAAUGGCCAACGUUGUGCCGUCAAGUCCCAGUUUGUUCAGCCCAUCUGCCUGCCAGAAAGCAACACCAUUUUCCCUGAUCAGUUCAAAUGUCAGAUUUCUGGAUGGGGACACAAGCAUGAGAAUAUAACUGGUUACUCAGAUGUGCUGCAAGAAACACUGGUUCCAAUUAUUCCUGAGGAGAAGUGCAGAAGCCCUGAAAUUUAUGGAACAGAAAUCAGUGAAAAUAUGUUCUGUGCUGGCUACUUAGACAGCAAAUCUGAUGCUUGUCAGGGAGAUUCUGGUGGACCUCUGGCAUGUGAGAAUAACGAAAUCUCUUACCUUUAUGGAGUCAUCAGCUGGGGAGAUGGCUGUGCCAGAGUCAACAAGCCUGGAGUAUAUACAAGAGUAACAAACUAUGUAAAUUGGAUUAAUGAGAGGAUAGCCCCUCGAAAAGCUAGUUGAACAUUUAACUAUGAUAUCAUUUCAAAUAGUGUCCAGGAGCCUUUUGGUUUCAUUAAAGUGGCAUAAAUAUUUUAUUAUAAGCUAGUAUGAAAAUUAUUGUGGUAAUUCUUAGAAAUUCCAAACCAGACCACUAAAAAUAGUCCUCAUCCCUCUGAUAUCAGUAACUCUGAGCUGCAGUUUUAGGGCUGUGGAUAGCUCAACAUGUGAGACUGUCUUUAUUUGUCUUAAUAAAGCUAACAUGUCAAAACUAA